AUGUCUGUCUACUUCACUCAGUGUUUUGGCGGUGGUUUAUUGAACAUUUUAGUGGUGUGCUUAAUUCUAGGACACCGGCGUCUAAGAACGGGCUGCGGUUUGUUGAUAGCCCAUUGCUUGAUUGCCCAUACGGCUUUGUGCAUGCUUUUCUUUCCCUUAUCGACAAUUACAGUGUACGGGCGCCUCGUGGCACACUGGGACUACGACGCUAGUGCUUACUGCAACACCUUUAUGUUUCUGCAGGUCGCUACACGACACGUCAGCAACUGGCUGGAGGUAUACGUGGCCGCCAAUCGUCUCGUGGCACUGUGUUUUCCGUUCAAAUACCGUAACUUCGCCAAAGAAAAACUGGAAAACGAGAUUGUAGCCGUUAUCUGGUUUCUCGGUUAUGCACUGGCCUUCCUGGGAAUCUACGAAAUAGGCACAUACUAUUUCUCGCUGCCCAACGGCGCCUGUGGCUACCUGCAGAAAACAUCCUGGGGGAUGUUGACCUUUGUCGCCGGCAACUGGUUGCCAUUAGCCAUCGCUGCUGCCGGCUACGCCAUUAUCUACAUUCGGAUGCUUGCUAAUAAUUUCAAACGACGACGAACCUUCGCCCUGGAAAAUGCCAGUCAACAGGAUCGGAGUGCGGAGAAGAGUCGGCUGAGCAAGGCCAACAUGGUGUUUAUGGCGUUCUUCUGGAAUUCCGUCUGCUAUCUCGUGUUCCCGGUGAUGACGGCGGUGGCGCCACAGAUUCCCUUUCGCAUCCCUGUGGUACCGUUGGCCAUGGGCAAUGUACAAAUUCUGGGUUACACUACUAAUCCGAAAAUUUGCUAA